AUGUUUAUUUCUAUGUCCUCUUCAGGAGACACUCUAUUCUCAGAUGUUACGAUCUAUAUGGACAAAUGAAAUGGCAGUGGGAACUGCCUUUCCCUGUUCACCCUCACAUUGCUGUUUUCCAAGGAACUCUUUAUGUCCCGGACACUCAACUCAACAGGGUUCUUCUUUACAAGUAUCAAGACCGGUCGUCUGGCUGCCGUUUACCCACGAAAAGUCCUUAUAUCAGAAAUCUAAAUCUACGACUCAAAGAAAAGGAGAAUGAUCAAAAACUUGUCAUUGGCGAAAUAUGUAAUCUGGCCAAUGGACAGUUGGUGGUGUCUGACAUCAACCAUGAUUGCUUGUUGUACAUUUCUGAGGAAGGAGACAUUGUGUCCAGAUUAUCUCUGCCGUCUACAGCCACACAUAUAUGUCGAUGGGAUUCUAAUCAUAUAGGAGUCAUAUUACCCCUACAGAAACAAUUAAGGGUCAUUGGAAACAUAUCAAAGACAGUGAGAAGUGUAUCAUUAAGGCAGCCUUAUGUACGGGUGUGUAAGAUGGGUGAAUGUGAAAUUGUUUGUUAUUGUGAUAAACCAUCACAUUUAGACAUUUUAGCCAUCAAUUAUUAUAAUCAAGUCGAAGUAAUUAAGACAAUUAAUAUCCCUGUGUUUGUGAAAUCAUUAUCAAUAGACAAGAAAACAGAAAAGCUAUUAAUUGUUACUAGGGGAAAAGCUUUUCAGUACAACACUAGAAUAGGUGGUGGUAGUCAUGGCAGUGCACGUCGUCAGAGUGGUGGAAGUGGUAGUAUUAGUAGUAGUGAUGGUAUGGUUUCCAGUGAUUCAGAGUCCGAAACAGAAGCUUUCUUCAAGGACAUUAGUGGUGGUGGUCAUGGCGGUCUUACUGAUGAAGAUGUCAUCAUUGUCUUCAACAGGAGAUUCAUCAUUUUCUUUAACAGUGGUGGUCAGUAUUUACAUUCAGUCAGACACUACAUGAAGAAUUAUUUUGCUGAUGUUUAUGACAGGAUGACAAUUGAUGACAGUUUUUUGUACAUUCAUGGUCAGUGGGAGAAAUGUUUAGGUUCAACUGAAUAUGGAAACAUUUUGUGUUUGACCCAGAAUGGGGAAUACAAGAGAAUAUUUUUAAAUGAAAGAAUUUAUAAAGAUAAAGUAGAUUUCUCCAGUAUAGACUGUAAAGGACCAAGGCAUGCUUCAGUGUGCCCCAUUCCAAAUAAAGGCAGCUCGUUUAACCCAAUCAAGUAUCACGCUAUGGCUCUCACCUCAAACAUCUCCCAGAUAAUGAAAACAAUGACCUUCUCCAACACGUUGAAUCCCUCUCUCAGCCCAGUGACCAUUAGCACAUCUUGUGUUGAGCCAGAUCCAUUGGGGACCGACGGUUUCUUGUCAUUCACCAGCCGGAUGACAUUUCUGAGAUAUUCAGUAAAAGCCACGUUGUUACCCCAAGACAACAAGAAAACUUUUGUCCCUGUCUGGGAUGUGAAUCUCCUACAAAAAAAGAAAAGAAAAUCCCACGGGUUAGACCAGAACAUUAAUGACAUGAAACUCAAUGGUGUUGGAGGGUCUGCAGAGGCCAUGGGCUCUGCCCCGCCUUCCAGACUAAGCAAAUAA